AACAGAGCAAAACGAGACUUUAUAUUGAACAAAUUUCGGUAGGUCCCUCCCCGUCAUUCCGUUUGCUUCCGUUUAAGAAACGUUUUGCAACCGAAUCGGCGUAAUGAAUACGCUCCAGGGUUAUCAAUGGAAGAUGGCGACCCGAGUCCUUCAGAGAUUUGGCAAUGGCCUGAAUCAGGCUAGAAAAACGGCCCAGUCGACAGGACAGAUCGUCGUUUUAAGCAGGUGUGACUAUUAUUACUUUGCACGUUUAGGAUUUAAAGCGUUUGGGCUCUGACUUUUGUUCCAUUGACGAUUUUGGAGAAUAGAGGCUCCCACUGACUCGUCUAUGCUGCAAGUGUGCAGGAGUGAACCUGAACAAGUGACUGCUAGCAAGUUAGCCUAAAUAACUAGCCAGUCAACUAUUGGCCUGUAGUCGAUUUGAUAAGCUACAAAUUAGUGCAACUUCUAGUUUGAGCUAUUCUAAAAUGGUUAAACUCUUGAAGGUAAUGCACGUCCAGUUACUAGUGUAAUUGUCUGUCUAAUAGUCAAUUAUUAUUACACUUGCUCAAGGUCAAUAUUAUAAAGGUAGGGCUACUGUUGUGGAUAUACACUACAUGGCCAAAAGUAUGUGGAGACCUGCUCGUCGAACAUCUCAUUCGAAAAUCAUGGUCAUUAAUAUGGAGUUGGUCCCCCCUUUGCAGCUAUAACAGCCUCCACUCUUCUGGGAAGGCUUUCCACUAUAUGUUGAGGUUAGUGAGGUUGAGCACUGAUGUUGGGCGUUUAGGCCUGGCUCGCAGUCGGUGUUCCAUUUCAUCCCAAAGGUGUUCGAUGGGGUUGAUAUCAGGGCUCUGUGCAUUCCAGUCCAGUUCUGUAUGGACCUCGCUUUGUGCACGGGGGCAUUGUCAUGCUGAAACAGGAACUUCCCCAAACUGUUGCCACAAUGUUGGAAGCACAGAAUCGUCUAGAAUGUCAGUGUAUGCUGUAGCGUUAAGAUUUCCCUUCACUGGAACUAAGGAGCUUAGCCCGAACCAUGAAAAACAGCCCCAGACCAUUAUUCCUCCUCCACCAAACUUUACAGUUGGCACUAUGCAUUGGGGCAGGUAGCGUUCUCCUGGCAUCUGCCAAACCCAGAUUAAUCACUUACAGUUGACCGGGACAGGUCUAGCAGGGCAGAAAUUUGACGAACUGUCUUGUUGGAAAGGUGGCAUCCUAUGAUGGUGCCAGGUUGAAAGUCACAGCUCUUCAGUAAGGCCAUUCUACUGUCAAUGUUUGUCUAUGGAGAUUGCAUGGCGGUGUGCUCGAUUUUAUACACCUGUCAGCAACGGGUGUGGCUGAAUUAGCCGAAUCCACUAAUUUGAUGGGGUGUCCACAUACAUUUGUGUAUAUAUGGUGUAGCUUACUGUAUUUUGCAUGGCAUUACUAUGUUACUACAUCGGCAUUUUUUUACCUUAUAGUGUCAACAUUAGCCAAUGAUACAUUGUUUUCAUAAGCACCAUGAUUGCGCAUGUGUAUGUUCAGCAGUGGUAGUCUGUGGCUAGCUCUAACUGUCACUGCUUGUUGUUUCCUUUGGAAACAGCCAGGGACAUGCAAGACCUGGUACUGCAUGUAGGAAGCUAGUGUGCAUUUUCUCAAACAUUGUGUGUAGGUAGCUUGGGCAACAACAUCAUACAGUGCCUGUGUUACUGUUAUUAUUGUUAGCUAGACCUUUCUGUCAUAAUUCACCUGCAGAGGAAUGUGGGAUGCAUGCAUGGACAGAUCUGACUUCAGCUCACUACACAGCAGUGAAAUCCUUUGAUGCAGGAAUAGAUGAGUCACUCACUUCAUAAGAUGUCUCUGUUCACAUAUGUAUUAACACUACCAUCUGUAUUUUUUCUCCAGGGGGUUGUCAGCAUCAAACCAUAGGAAUCGUGAAGAUAGCUGGUUCAAGUCGCUAUUUGUGCGUAAAGUUGAUCCCAGAAAGGAUGCCCACUCCCACUUGCUAACCAAGAAUGAGGAAAGCAACCUCUACAAAAUCCAGUGUAAGUUGUGCUUUACUGUAACUUGUUUACUUUAAUUCCAAAUUACUUUUUAUAUUUCAGAGUUUUGAGUGCAGUGGAAUAACCAUAAGCAUAUUGUAAGAAGUAAGUAUAUUGUAGAAAUUAGUAAUUACAAUACUUGUUUCACUGUACAUACAGAUCUUGACUGUAAUGUAAAGUGUGACCAAUUUAACCCCUUCCAAAACAGAGGGCACUAUGUCUAAUAGAGAUUGUUCUGUUACAGUCCAUAACGUGAAACCAGAGUGCCAGGAUGCCUACAACCAGCUUUGGUAAGUAGCAUGGACCUUGUUCAGUCUAGGCCUUUAUACCUAAAGCCCCUCAAGUAGUAGCCUUACCGAGGGUAGUACUGUCAAGUAGUAGCCUUACCGAGGGUAGUACUGUCAAGUAGUAGCCUUACCGAGGGUAGUACUGUCCCAAAUUAUUGUUUCAUUUGGUUGUUGAGUAUGUGUGAUAUAAUGUAAACGGUAGUAAUGGUGAUAUUAUAUGACUGCACAGCUGGUGUCACCAGUGGGUUGUGCACACUUAAAGAAAAAACACAUGAUUUCACAUGUGGAAAAUGACAUGACGUGAAAACGUGUUUUUGAAACACUUCACAUUGUUUUCACAUGUGUAGUUUCGUGUUAUCACAUGUUACCACAUGUUGUCAAAUUAACGUCACAUAAGAUUACGUGAAAUUCAUGUGGUUUUUCCGUAAUAGCAGAGUUUAGCCCAAAUGUCUAAAGUUCUAUUCCAGUGACGCAAUUGACAUGCUGGCAUGGCAACAGUGUGUAGAAUAAUUUAUCUAUGCUCAUAUUUAAGAUGACUCAGUCAUAAUAACCUUUUACUUAUCGUAUAAUCUGCACAACUGGUUUAGACACAGAACACACAGAAGACACAGCCAAAAUACCUAUUUUAAACAUUUGUGAUGGGGAUUGUUAUAGAACAUUCUAUUUAGCUGGGAAGUGUAUGUUGAAGUUCUAAGAGAAACCUGACAAGAAAGCUGCAGUGGUGUCUGUGCUAACAUCAAAUUAUUGCAUCCAGGCAUCAAUAAGAACAGUUAUAGUCAUAAUAACGGUCAUAUUUUUAUAUUAUAUAUCAUACAAUUAUUAUUAGGGGAAGGGGAAAUGGGGUACCUAGUCAGUUGUACAACUGAAUGCAUUAAACCAAAAUGUGUCUUCCGCAUUUAACCCAACCCCUCUGAAUCAGAGAGGUGCGGAGGGCUGCCUUAAUCGACUUACACGUCAUCGGUGCCCGGGGAGCAGUUGUUAUUGGGGGUUAACUGCCUUGCUCAAGGGCAGAACGGCAGAUUUUUUUCAUCUUGCCGGCUCAGGGAUUCGAACCAGCGACCCUUCGGUUACUGGCCCAAUGCUCUUAAUUGCUAGGCUCCCCAGUAGAAUAUGUUUGUUAUUGCUUUCUAUUGACAGUGAGGAGACCCUACCAUCUAUCCAUAAUGAUAAGUACUAUCCCUGUGAGCUCGUGGGUACCUGGAACACCUGGUAUGGAGAGCAGGACCAGGCUGGUAAGAAUGCUGGCAGCAGAGCACACACUCCUCCACUUUCUAGUCUAGUUGAACUGCACAUUCUCUGGAAUUGGCACACCUGCAGGGAUAUGCAACCUUAGUUCAGGAGAAAUGGGCUUCAUUGAACCAGUUUCGCACAUUUUCCUAGUGAGAUGAUGAUUAAAUUAAGUUGGCUUUACACCCACCUAGCAAUAAUAACAAAGCCUGCAAACAUUAGUGCUGCGCUAUUAACCGGAAUGUUGGAUAUUUUUAGUUUUUUAAACAACUAAUCACAGGAGGUUGGUGGCACCUUAAUUAGGGAGAACGGGCUUGUGUUUUAUUUGUUUUUAUUUAAUUUGUUUUUAUUUAACCUUUAUUUAAACAGGGAGUCACAUUGAGAUAAAAAAUCUAUUUCACAAGAGAGCCUUGUAUACAGUGAGGGAAAAAAGUAUUUGAUCCCCUGCUGAUUUUGUACGUUUGCCCACUGACAAAGAAAUUAUCAGUCUAUAAUUUUAAUGGUAGGUUUAUUUGAACAGUGAGAGACAGAAUAACAACAAAAAAAUCCAGAAAAACACAUGUCAAAAAUGUUAUAAAUUGAUUUGCAUUUCAAUGAGGGAAAUAAGUAUUUGACCCCCUCUCAAUCAGAAAGAUUUCUGGCUCCCAGGUGUCUUUUACACAGGUAACGAGCAGAGAUUAGAAGCACACUCUUAAAGGGAGUGCUCCUAAUUUCAGCUUGUUACCUGUGUAAAAGACACCUGUCCACAGAAGCAAUCAAUCAAUCAGAUUCCAAACUCUCCACCAUGGCCAAGACCAAAGAGCUCUCCAAGGAUGUCAGGGACAAGAUUGUAGACCUACACAAGGCUGGAAUGGGCUACAAGACCAUCGCCAAGCAGCUUGGUGAGAAGGUGACAACAGUUGGUGCGAUUAUUUGCAAAUGGAAGAAACACAAAAGACCUGUCAAUCUCCCUCAGCCUGGGGCUCCAUGCAAGAUCUCACCUCGUGGAGUUGCAAUGAUCAUGAGAACGGUGAGGAAUCAGCCCAGAACUACACGGGAGGAUCUUGUCAAUGAUCUCAAGGCAGCUGGGACCAUAGUCACCAAGAAAACAAUUGGUAACACACUACGCCGUGAAGGACUGAAAUCCUGCAGCGCCCGCAAGGUCCCCCUGCUCAAGAAAGCACAUAUACAGGCCCGUCUGAAGUUUGCCAAUGAACAUCUGAAUGAUUCAGAGGAGAACUGGGUGAAAUUGUUGUGGUCAGAUGAGACCAAAAUCGAGCUCUUUGGCAUCAACUCAACUCGCUGUGUUUGGAGGAGGAGGAAUGCUGCCUAUGACCCCAAGAACACCAUCCCCACCAUCAAACAUGGAGGUGGAAACAUUAUGCUUUGGGGGUGUUUUUCUGCUAAGGGGACAGGACAACUUCACCGCAUCAAAGGGACGAUGGACGGGGCCAGGUACCAUCAAAUCUUGGGUGUGAACCUCCUUCCCUCAGCCAGGGCAUUGAAAAUGGGUCGUGGAUGGGUAUUCCAGCAUGACAUUGACCAAAAACACACGGCCAAGGCAACAAAGGAGUGGCUCAAGGAGAAGCACAUUAAGGUCCUGGAGUGGCCUAGCCAGUCUCCAGACCUUAAUCCCACAGAAAAUCUGUGGAGGGAGCUGAAGGUUCGAGUUGCCAAACGUCAGCCUCGAAACCUUAAUGACUUGGAGAAGAUCUGCAAAGAGGAGUGGAACAAAAUCCCUCCUGAGAUGUGUGCAAAUCUGGUGGCCAACUACAAGAAACGUCUGACCUCUGUGAUUGCCAACAAGGGUUUUGCCACCAAGUACUAAGUCAUGUUUUGCAGAGGGGUCAAAUACUUAUUUCCCUCAAUAAAAUGCUAAUCGAUUUAUAACAUUUUUGACAUGCGUUUUUCUGGAUUUUGUUGUUGUUAUUCUGUCUCUCACUGUUCAAAUAAACCUACCAUUAAAAUUAUAGACUGAUCAUGUCUUUGUCAGUGGGCAAACGUACAAAAUCAGCAGGGGAUCAAAAACUUUUUUCCCUCACUGUACGUUACAAUAAAAACAGAAUAAUAAAACAACAGACACUUAUACAGUGAGGGGAAAAAAGUAUUUGAUCCCCUGCUGAUUUUGUACGUUUGCCCACUGAAAAAUAAAUGAUCAGUCUAUAAUUUUAAUGGUAGGUUUAUUUGAACAGUGAGAGACAGAAUAACAACAAAAAAAUCCAGAAAAACGCAUGUCAAAAAUGUUAUAAAUUGAUUUGCAUUUUAAUGAGGGAAAUAAGUAUUUGAUUCCCUCUCAAUCAGAAAGAUUUCUGGCUCCCAGGUGUCUUUUAUACAGGUAACGAGCUGAGAUUAGGAGCACACUCUUAAAGGGAGUGCUCCUAAUCUCAGUUUGUUACCUGUAUAAAAGACACCUGUCCACAGAAGCAAUCAAUCAAUCAUAUUCCAAACUCUCCACCAUGGCCAAGACCAAAGAGCUCUCCAAGGAUGUCAGGGACAAGAUUGUAGACCUACACAAGGCUGGAAUGGGCUACAAGACCAUCGCCAAGCAGCUUGGUGAGAAGGUGACAACAGUUGGUGCGAUUAUUCGCAAAUGGAAGAAACACAAAAUAACUGUCAAUCUCCCUCGGCCUGGGGCUCCAUGCAAGAUCUCACCUCGUGGAGUUGCAAUGAUCAUGAGAACGGUGAGGAAUCAACCCCGAACUACACGGGAGGAUCUUGUCAAUGAUCUCAAGGCAGCUGGGACCAUAGUCAUCCAAGAAAACAAUUGGUAACACACUACGCAGUGAAGGACUGAAAUCCUGCAGCGCCCGCAAGGUCCCCCUGCUCAAGAAAGCACAUAUACAUGCCCAUCUGAAGUUUGCCAAUGAACAUCUGAAUGAUUCAGAGGAGAACUGGGUGAAAGUGUUGUGGUCAGAUGAGACAAAAAUCGAGUUCUUUGGCAUCAACUCAACUCGCCGUGUUUGGAGGAGGAGGAAUGCUGCCUAUGACCCCAAGAACACCAUCCCCACCGUCAAACAUGGAGGUGGAAACAUUAUGCUUUGAGGGUGUUUUUCUGCUAAGGGGACAGGACAACUUCACCGCAUCAAAGGGACGAUGGACGGGGCCAUGUACCGUCAAAUCUUGGGUGAGAACCUCCUUCCCUCAGCCAGGGCAUUGAAAAUGGGUCGUGGAUGGGUAUUCCAGCAUGACAAUGACCCAAAACACACGGCCAAGGCAACAAAGGAGUGGCUCAAGAAAAGCACAUUAAGGUCCUGGAGUGGCCUAGCCAGUCUCCAGACCUUAAUCCCAUAGAAAAUCUGUGGAGGGAGCUGAAGGUUCGAGUUGCCAAACGUCAGCCUCGAAACCUUAAUGACUUGGAGAAGAUCUGCAAAGAGGAGUGGGACAAAAUCCCUCCUUUAUGUGUACAAACCUGGUGGCCAACUACAAGAAACGUCUGACCUCUGUGAUUGCCAACAAGGGUUUUGCCACCAAGUACUAAGUCAUGUUUUGCAGCGGGGUCAAAUACUUAUUUCCCUCAUUAAAUGCAAAUAAAUUCAUAACAUUUUUGACAGAUUUUGUUGUUGUUAUUCUGUCUCUCACUGUUCAAAUAAACCUACCAUUAAAAUUAUAGACUGAUCAUGUCUUUGUCAGUGGGCAAAUGUACAAAAUCAGCAGGGGAUCAAAUACUUUUUUCCCUCACUGUACGUGUAUAAAACAAUAUAAUUCAGCACAUAAUAACAAAAUAAACAUAUUUAAUAAAAGCAAUCACAUUCAACUACAUAGAGGUCCUCAAUCAAUCAUUUAAACUUCCUGAGUGGCACCAGCACGUCUAACUGCAGUGAACUCUGCAGAUUGUUCCACAAAUUAGGGGCAAAACCAAAUGCAGAUUUUCGCAAAUCUGUGGAGAUUGAAGGGAUCUGUAGUGUUAUUCAUUCCUGAGAACGGGUUUGGUAACUUAUGAUUCUUAACUUAAUUAUUGAAGGGAGUUUCUGUAAGAUUUGCUUUGUAAAUAAAUAAAAGAGAAUGCAGCUCUCUUCUUACAGACAGAGAGGUCCAUCCCACAUUUUUAUACAGACUACAAUGAUGAGUCCUAAAAUUGUCCCCUGUGAUAAAACGUAUUGCGAAAUGGUAGACUGUGUCCAAGGGUUUCAAAACAGAGGUUGCCGCAUGCAUGUAAACAAUAUCACCAAAAUCCAAUACAGGGAGAAGCGUUGUUUGAACAAUUUCUCCUAUUUUCAAUACUGAGGCAUGAUUUAUUUUGAUAUAAAACAAUCUUAGCUUCUUAGUCAGAUUUUCUAUAUGCGUUACAAAGCACAACUUGUCAUCAAUCCAGACACCCAGGUACUUGUAUUGAGAAACAAGCUCAAUUUGGGCUCCAUUUGUAGCGCAAAUAUGCAGGUCCUCAGGGUCAACAUUUCGUGACCUAGAGAACAGCAUGAGCUUUGUUUUACUUGUAUUUAACACUAAUUUAAGAUCUGUAAGUGAUUUCUGAAUUGAAUCAGUCAUGCUGAAGUUCACGAAUGGCCUGCUGCACUGAGGUGGCACAGGAAUACAAAACUGUGUCAUCUGCAUAGAGAUGAAUGUUACAAGUAUUAACAGUGUUUCCUAUGUCAUUAAUAUACAAGGUGAACAAUAAUGGACCCAAAAUCGAACCCUGAGGAACACCUUUUUGAAUCUCAAGAAAUGUAGAUUGAACUACAUCUGUCAAGAUGGCCUGAGUUCUGUCGCUAAGAUAAUUCUGAAACCAUAAACAGGCUGUAUAUCCCAGGCCUAUUCUUGGUAACUUCUUCAGCUAAACAGAAUGAUCAACAUUGUCGAACGCCUUUGACAGGUCAAUAAACAAGGCUGCACAGCUCUUUUUAGCAUCCAAGACAUUGACAAGAUCAUUAACAACUAGCAUGGUUGCUGUAGUAGUACUAUGCCCAGGCCUAAACCCUGAUUAGUUUAUAUUAAAAAUACAAUUAUCAGAUAAAAAGGAACGAAGUAGUACGUUAACCAAGGAUUCAAGAAUCUUAGCUAAACAAGGUAGUCUUGAAAUGGGGUGAUAGUUGUCAAGAUCAUUUGUAUCCCCAUCCUUAUGGAGUGGCAGCACAUAUGCGGAUUUCCAUGCUUUUGGAAUACUUCCUGAUAACAAUGUUAAAUAAAAAAUGUGGGCUACUGAGCCAGCAAUAAAGGGAGCUGCAGACCAGGCUCCAAAUGAUCAGCCACUGUGGAUUUUGUAUUGUCUAAUGUUAGCAAAGCAUCCAGGACUUCUUUAUCAGUGAAUUUCCGAAAAGAAAACUCCUGACCAGCAUUUUUAGGAUCAUUCAAUAGAUCUUCACCAUCAACAUCCCAAACUACUCUUUCAAGAGCUGGCUUUGAAAUACAUUCAUAUAUAUAGCCCGCAGAGAUAAAAUGGUGAUUAAAUGCAUUCAUUAUAUCAAUUUUGUCAGUAAUAGGGCCAGAAUCUAAAUUAAUUAAUUGGGGGAGAGAAGAGGAGACACAACCCUUCAGUGAAGUAACAGCUUUCCAAAAUUUAGCUGGGUUUCCUGUACAUUUAGAUAGUGUAUUAACAUAAUAAUCUGAUUUAGCUUUUUUAACUAGUUUUAAACAGAUUUCUCAAUCGCCUGAAAGACUGCCAGUCUGGGCCUGAGUCUGUGAAUCUAGCUUUGGCCCAGGCAGCAUCUCUGUUGUGUAUGACUUCAGAUAGCUCUGGACUGAACCAAGGGCAAGACCUAUUUUUAAUGCUCAGUUUUUUUAAAGAGAGCAUGUUUAUCUACAAUACAAUUGAAAAGAUUUGAGAAGUGGUUCAGAGCCAACGCUGGGUCAGGUAUAGAUGUAAUACAAUCAAACUCACAAAAAUAAAGGUCACAAAAAAAGGCCUGUUCAUUGAAAUGUUUAAAAUUCCUCUUGUUGAUAAAACUAGGUUUGGCUCUAAGCAGCCGUAUAUCCCUGACUGGAGCAGAGUAAGUGGAAUGGUAUCAAAUACAUCAAACACAUGGUUUCCAGGUGUUUAAUGACAUUCCAUUUGCUCUGUUCUGUGCAACUAAUUGACCAACGCUGGUUCAAUAAUUUGAAUUCCAUUAUUUUUUUUAUUUUUUUUCUGUGAGCUCAAUGCACACGUUGCACAGUUUCUCUAGAGAUAAAUCAGAUCCAGCCUGAACUGUGCGACGUAGUAGGGAGUUGUAGUUUCCAACAGGCCAAUAUUCUACAUAGUUUAGCACAUAAUACGUGGUAAUUAACUACAAUGACCAUUAUCCAUUGUUUGUAUACUUGGCCGGUCUGUGUUUCUUUUACGCCUGCUACAGAAGAGAGAAGAAUGUGCGAUCAUGAGGCGAUAUAGAGAGCAGCUGUUGCUUUGCGAGUUUUCUACCUGAAAAUGCAUUAUCUAAGUGAUUAAUAGUUGGUAUUCAGCAGUCAUAAAAUAAUGCCUUAUUUACUUUGAAGAACUACAAAAUAAUGAUUUUGUCAGAAAGCAUAGGCAACAGCUCUAUAGAGAUGAGAUGUUGACUUGGAAUGAAAUAAUAAAGUAAUCAAAUAAAACAAAUGUAAAAUACACAACUGAAAUAAUGUAUUCAAGUAAAGUAAUGGGCAGUCGCUACCUGCCUAUCACUUAAUGGUUAAUAAGUGAUAAGCAGUAAUGGGCAGUCACAACCAUCAUGGGACUUUUAUUAAUUGUUUUAUUCUGUGUUGUUACAGCAAUCAACCUAAAUAAUCGAAAUCGGAAAUGUUGGUUAUGUUUUUAAUAGUCAAACCGAAACCGAACCGACCUCAAAAAGCACUAAUCGCUCAGCACUAGCAAACAUCUACCUUUCCAGGACCAGUGUGGCCUAACCCUAGUCUACCCUUGUCAUGUCUACAUAUGUUGUCGAUAGUUCCCUGGCUGUUGGUUUUGCAUUACUGAAAUAAUGCCCUUACACUUAUCAGAAGGAUUAUGGAUAUGUCUCUGAAUAUGCUUAUUAUUGCUUUGCAAAUCAUGUCUGUUAUGUGUGUUUUUCCAGUCCAUAUGUGGCGGUAUAGAGGAGGGUACCCAGCUCUGACUGAGGUCAUGAGCAAACUCAGGCAGAACAAGGUAACAAACUGUUCCAUGACUGUCAAUUCCUCACCGGCAGCGUCUAGAAGCCUUCACAUUGAAUAUAGUAGUCUUGAAUAUAGCUUCAUAUGCUAGUACUGUCUGAGGUUGCCUGUCACAUUAGCUCAUAUACAGAGUGGCCAACCUUCCUCCUGAAGAGCUACUGGGUGUGCUGGCUUUUGUCCAGCCCUCCUAACGAACCCCUCUCUAGAUAUACCGGAAGGUUUCAGAUGUGCUUAUUGAUGUGAGGUUGACACCCAGAUUGACGUCCUUCCGUUACGUUCAUCCACAGGAGUUCAUGAAGUACCGGGAGGAGAGAGGAAAGAUGCUGUUGUCUCGUAGGAACCAACUGCUCCUGGAGUUCAGCUUCUGGAAUGAGCCCAUCCCCAGGAAGGGACCCAACAUCUACGAGCUCAGGUCCUACCAGCUCAGAGUGAGUACUGAGUGAUUGAACCUCAUUAACCAUAGCACUACUAGGGGUUUAGUUUAGGAGGGUGCUACAUUGCUGAACACAUAUGAAUCACCACCAGAUGAUACAAAGGGUGGGCAAUUGUUGACAUAAACAUUGGAGAGUUUGUGUAUGCUCUAUGGAAACAUUAUGCUCUUAAAUGCAGGCCUAUAUUGCAAUCCAUGUGAAAGGGCCAUUAUGAUUUAUUUUGAAUCUUGGAGGAAAUUGUCACACAAUUAGCUAUUCCUGUGAAAUACAAAAACUUUUUUCUCAUGUUUCCUUUUUUCAGCCUGGCACCAUGAUUGAGUGGGGUAAUUACUGGUAAGGCAACCUGAUUUACAUUUGAAUUACUCAUCAUCUUUACUUACAGCAUAUAGUUUAUUUUUCGGUUAACACUUUCUUCCCAUUUUCUCAUUAAUAAAAGCUAUUCCAGAGAGACGCUGUUUUGAAACUCUAUUGUUAGAUCCCAGAGUGCACAGGUCUUAAAGGGAGAUUCUACUACUGUCCUUGCUAUUUUCAGAUUGAAUUUAGUUGUUUACUUUCAACAGGAGCCUAUGAGCCUGGACGAUUCCUUUCUCUCAGGUUUAUGUUGAAAACACAUUUGUUCGUUUAUGACAAAUAUUCAAUAUUUCAAUGUUAAUUAAUUGUUCUGAAUUCUUCGACCUUGUCUGCCAAAAUACGUUUUAAUUUGUGAUUGUGCGUACUCUGAUUAUUUGAAUCAGUAAUUGAUCAGAAUUACUCAUUCUAAUUGGGGAAAAUUUAGUUUUUUCUAAGUCAUGCCACAUUGUUAAAACAACAAAUGCUGACAACGUGAAUUAAGUCAGUAUGAUUUGGGUAAUCAAAAUAACUGUACAUGAUUGUAAUUGAUAUGAUUGUAUAUACAAUGACUAAUGGGACUGGUUCAGAGCCAAUAAUUAAAUAUCUCCAAUCCCACACCAUACAGAUAGCGGUCUCGAUGCAUGAGUACGUCCAAUCCAACUGUCUGUAUAGCCAACCGGUUCUGCCAAACUGGAAUGAUCGUUUUCAAGCAAGUUCAAUCAAACCGUAUGAAUAGUCAAAUGAGUGUCCAAACAGGACAGUAGCCCAUUGUAAUUGUAUAUGGCUGCUGUGCUCGCCUCUUUGACAGGUCAUCAUGGCAAAUAAGAAUAUGUUCUUAAUUGAAUACCUGUAUAAAUAAAGGUUAAAUAGAUAUAAAAAAAUAAUGAUCUGCAUGGGAUGGCCUUGAGCAAAUGUGAAGAUGAAGCAUUGGUUGUGGGGAAGUGUUGUGACUGAUGUUGUGAUUGGCCCGUUGUUUUCCCAAGGGCCAGAGCAAUUGGCUACCGCCAGCACAACAGUGAGGCUGUGGGAGGGUUCUUCUCCCAGAUCGGAAACCUCUACAUGGUGCACCACCUCUGGGGUGAGGCCAGGCAGACCAGCUGUAUCGCUCCUCUCUCCUUUCCUCCCCUCUCCUCUCAUUCAUUCACACAGAUCUAACAUUCAUGUAGCCUCUCGUACUAGGCUUUUAGGCUCUCUUAUAUACAAAGCUGUUAUUCUUUUUCUGAAAGAAGACUAACAUUCAUUUUAUAAUGCAGUGUUUCAUUGUUGAUUUCAGCUUACAAAGACCUUGAGGCCAGAGAAGCCACAAGGAACGCAGCUUGGCAACAUGAGGGUUGGGAUGAGGUUGUGUAUUAUACAGGUGAGCAAAAUCUGUUAUGAAGUGUACUUUCACAAAGUGUGCGCACUUUUUAAAAAUGAAAACAAUAUGAAAUACUUUGAACUCUCAUCUGAUCAUGUAUCUCUGUUUUAGUUCCUCUCAUUCAGCAUAUGGACUCCAGAAUCAUGAUCCCAAUGAAGGCUUCCCCGCUGCAGUAACCUAUGAGAGAACACAGAAGGCCGAACGCCAAGCCUCACCUGUUUAAAUGUAACAAAAAGUCUAAAAUCUCACUGCCGUGGUCUCAACCUCUAAUUAAUGUUGCCAACCAACCAACCUCCCUCUGAUUUGGUUUGUCUUUUACUUUACCCAUUUCUGACUUUGCACCAGCAAACAAUAUUUGGUACUUAAAAAACAUCACUGAGACACAGGAGGUUAAAGUAUUAUCAUAUCCCAUCUUGACGCUGUUGGCUAAAAUACUUUUCCCAUAAUUGAAAGAACUGUAAAGCACUGGCAUGAGAGCUCACAACUGCUUUUUUGUCCUUGGGAGACUGGAUGGGCAAAAUCAGCAUAUUGAAACCUGAUAGUGGUUGGGUGGAGAACUGAUGUCCAACGUACUGGGUCAUAUUAACACUGAUCACUUGGCCACAGCUGAUGUAGUCUAUUUUUAGAACCAACCAAAGUGCUGCUUUGAAAAAAGAGGGCUAGCCUAGCAGUGUGUUCUGUUUGCAGUGAAUAAGAAUUGAGCUAAUACAUUGGCCAACUAUUUACAUUUACAUUUUAGUCAUUUAGCAGACGCUCUUAUCCAGAGCGACUUACAGUUAGUGAGUGCAUACAUUUUCAUACUGGCCCCCUGUGGGAAACGAACCCACAACCCUGGCGUUGCAAGCGCCAUGCUCUACCAACUGAGCUACAGGGGACUUUACAAAUAUGGCACGACUUGACAAAUAUCACUAUACAUGCACAAUGUGUGAUUUAGCUGUAUUUUUUUAAUUUAAUGUACAUAUUGAAUAAAUAUAUGAAUCACAUUGUUGCAUUGCAAAAUUACGCUUUUGGAUGAAAUCUAAGAAAUGACUAAAAUGAGUUCUAGAAAGACAGUCCAAAUGGCAAAAGUGCAUUGUUACUGUAUUUUGUCAACGGAGAGAAUAUCUACUAAAUGGUCAAUUAUUUAACUUUUAUGAAGUGAAGGCACUGAGCGUGAACAUUAUUUAUUGGGAUCAUUUGUGUAUUAGUAUUGUACUGUUAGACAUUUACUGCACAGCUGGAGCUAGAAACACAAGCAUUUCGCUGCACCUACAUUAGCAUCUGAUAAUCUGAGUACACGACAAAUAAACUUUGAUUUAUUUGAGAACUGGUAUGAUGAAUACAGAGCUAAAGGCCAUGCCUAUUUUAACCCUAAAUGUCUUCUGUGAAUUUUUUCAAGUACUUGUAUUGAUUGCAAUCGUGGGCUUUCUCUCCCUAUUUCUUUCCCAUCUGCAAUAAGCUUGACGUGUUGUUAUUGUACUGGUUUAGUGAACAUGGCUUGUUGUUAUUGUACUGGUUUAGUGAACAUGGCUUGUUUUACCCUUGUGGAGAAAAUAUUGCAUGUCCAGUUUUUCCAAGACGUUUUAUCAGAUUUUAACAUGUUUCUGGUUGGGCAUAAUGAAUAAUCUAUUCUGUAAAGGGUUAAACCACAAGUCUAAUAUUAUCAUGGAAUAUUUCUGUGCAAUGUACAACUACCGAUGUACUGAAAUGAAAAUCUAAUUGUGGAGUCAUGCUGCUACUCAUGAUUUUAAAGAGGUUUCAGGGUUGAUAGUAGCAUGCCUCAUACUAGUUUUAUUCCCUGAUUUACAGGGUAUUUAUUACACAAAGGUGGCAAGAAUUGUCAGCACAUAAAGUUAUUCAAAGAGAAA